UCAGAUAAGCCACUGCAUCGAUUCAGACUAAGAGCCAUGGUUCUCCGAUCUUCAAUUGCAUUGUAUCUGUAUCUCUGCGGGGUGCUUUUAUCCAGCUGUUUUGCCAAACCGAAGCUGCACUUUGGCAGCUGUCGGGGAUCGGGCCAGUGCCGCCUGCUGUCGGACUGCCUGGAGGAGCCGGGCUACGUGCUGGCGGAGGACUCCUCCGAGUGCUUCAACACGUUCUGCUGUCUGAAGAAACAGCCGGUGUAUCCGCAGUCGGUGGACAACUACUGCCGCCACGACCUCAAGCCGCACAUCUCGAACGGAGAGGUGACCAAGCGGCGCGAGUUCCCCUGGAUGGCCAUGCUGCUGUACGGCGAUCGGCUGACGCCCAAGUGCGGUGGCUCCCUGGUGGGCAACCAGUGGGUCCUGACCGCCGCCCACUGUGUGCCCAGUCAGCCGUACGAGGAGGACCUGCGACUCGUUCGCCUGGGCGUCUGGGAUGUCCAGCAGCUGACGGACUCGCAGGACAUCCCCAUAGCUCGAACAAUUGUCCACGAGAAGUACCUGCCGGCGGAGACGACGGGCACGAAUCUGGAGAAGCACUCCAAUGACAUUGCCCUGCUGGUUUUGGAGCGAGUGGUCACCUACUCGGAGUUCAUCCAGCCCAUCUGCCUGCCCUCCAGCCUUUAUCCGCGGCGCGGCGACAACUAUGUGAACUACGGCCUGACCAUCGCCGGCUGGGGCCGCACCAGCGAGGAGUCCACGGCCACGGCGCCGGUGAAGAUCAAGGCCCGGGUGAAUGGAUGGUCGCGGGACAGCUGCCUGGAGAGGUACAAGGACCUGGCCGAUGGACAGAUGUGCGCCGGCGGGGAUAAGUCCAGGAAGGGCAGCUGCUUCGGCGACUCCGGCGGCCCCGUGAUGGACGGCAACCAGCUGGUGGGCAUCGUCUCGCUGGGGGAGGCCAGGUGCGGUUCGGAUCGGGGACCCAUGGUCGUCACGCGAGUCGACUCCUAUUUGGCCUGGCUGGGGGAGCACUUCCUCGAUCGCCCGGAAUCGCCGGAACCAAAAAUCGAGCAACCCAUCAAAAGAAACUCGGGCUUUUUUAACAUUUUCGCAAGAAGAGUUUUUGGCAACGCAGAAAACCAAACAAAUCAAGGAGAUCAAGAAGUUGUGCCCUUUGCUCUUUGA